GUUCAGGCCAGUCAGAGCAAUCCAGCCAUUCUUAACCUGGGGGACUCCAAACUAGGAAUUCAAUUCAUGAAUCAUGCAGACCCCAGGCUCCAGCAUGAAAUCACUCAUUUGUUACAUUUUUCCAUGGACUGAAAAAGUUGGACAGUGAAUGCCAGGAGCCAUUGCAAGAAUUUGGGGAUUUUUCUACCUCGUAAUGCUUUUAGGAACUACCCACUUCACUCCGAAUCUAUGAAUAGAGAGAAGAUUGGGAGCAGGAGUAUGGGCUAACGGAUUGGAAAAAGGAGAAUGGGAGGAAUGUACAGCUCCAUCUCUCUGAAAUAAUUGCAUCUUGUAUGUGACUUCACUUCCUGUGUCCGGUCUACAGACAUAGCCUGUGGUUAUCAGGUGCCUUUUUGUUCUCUCUUAUCAGUGUUGUAAAGUUUUACGGCACUGAGGUCUUGGGGUAAAAGGUUCACCACACCUAGCUGCUGCUGCAUUGUCCUUUUUGUUUCCUGGAUACGUUUAAAUUAACGAUUCAAGAUUAAUCAAAUUUAAGAUCAGGACUGAAGUUUGGAACUGACACCAGGCCAGAGGGGUUUUCUGGGAAAGCUGCAUGUCCCAACACACAGUCAACAUGUAUCAUCCAACAAAAGAUGAUAUUUAUGCAUAUGCAUUGUCCAAGACCCUGACAAAAGUUUCAUCACCUGCAACUGUAGGACUCUACUCUUCAUGUGAGAAUCGAAUUAGGAUGAUCCUAAAGCAGAUGGAAGUGAACAUGAAUCAGGAGGCUUCAAGGAUUGAGCAGGAAUACAAAAAAAAACCCAGGCCUCGCUCAGCUUCAUUUACUGGCUUUCUAGCGCUCAUUGGACGACUGCUCUUCUACAUGCCCAUUUGGACUAAGCAGAAUCAGCAGUAUGAUAAUGUCAGGUUCAUUUAUGUGCAUUUUAGUGCCUGGCACUUUGCAGGCAGUGACCUGCUUUGGGCCGGGUUAGCAAUACGACUGUUUCAUGCCAUGCAGAUGAACUUUGGGAAAUUACAGCUUGUACUCUACCGUGUGGCUCAAUAUGAUGAAGAAGAGGAAGUCAAUAAGCAGAUAGUGGAGGAUGGUCCUAACAAUUGGAGGUCCAAAAAGGUUUGCUGCUGCCCCCUGUGGUUUUUCAUCCUGUGCAUUCUUGUGGUUCCAAUUACCCUCCUCAUAUUCCUUUUGACUUUUGGCCUUCCUAAAAAUGAGGUAGAACCAGAGGAGGGGGUAAGUGAAAAAGGCCAGGUGGGUGUGCUGGAGGGCAUGUUCAUCGCUGCGUUAGGAGUACCAGCAGCAAGCGCACUGAGGUUUGCCUUUAUGAUGGCUAAGAACCUCAUCUUCAGCCAGGAUCUAAACAUCAAGAAAGGGAUGGACAAUGAGCGGGUCAGCAGCCAACUAGGCUUCAUGAAUGAAGUGAGGAAGGAAAUGUGGUUCCUGUCUCGCUUCAUCCGAUUUAUGGAGGUGUUUGAAAGAAGACGGAUCCGAGUGGUACUGCAGAUCACCAAUCUGGACCGGUGCUCCCCCCAAAAAAUUGUUGCAGUUCUGGAUGCCAUCAACAUUCUGCUUUCAGAUGAGGAAAGUCCGUUUAUUUCCAUUCUGGCCGUCAACCCAGAUGUUCUUGUACAGAAAGUGAACUUUGCAGAUGGCUGCUUCAGCAAAGAGGACAGAGCAUAUGCACUGUUGAACUGCAUUGUGACUCUGGCAUUCACAGUCCCACCACUGUGCAAUGAUUCAAAGCGCAAUUUAUUUCACAGCCUCACUCACAAUUCGGAACUCCCUGAGAACGUGAUCCUGAGGGAAGAUAGACAUAGAACUGGGGACCUCGAAAAGAUAUCUUCCUCAGAUGAAUCUACAGUCUUCAUUCCAUUGGACACAAAAGAGUCAGAACCAUUCAUCAAAAAAACUAUACCAGCACUGGAUGUAAAAGAGGAGGAUGUAGAGGAGUUGGUCAACACAAUCAUGGACAGCAAUAAAAUUGAUCUAAACAAGUACAUGUUAGAUGACGCCAUGUCUAUGAGGAGAGUGAUCAACUCCAUUCGAGUGACUGCGAUAAUCAUGAAGGUCUUGAAGAAAGAGCCUCCUCAACCAGAAUACGUUGCAGCAUGGGUGGUCUUGGCAAAUCAGUGGCCCUGCCGCCUCAGCUGGAUCAUCCAGUGUGUGGAAGAUGCUCAGCAGAGAGCAGACAUUGGAGAUGGUGUGGCCAACACUGAUGAUUCAAAAACCUUAUGGAAAGUCUUCAGUGAGUCUAGGGCAGAGCUGUAUGUGAUGAGUGCACAGAUUGAGGACCUCCUCGAGCAGGAUGGAGAUCCUGAGAUGUUUGAAAAGUUUCUUAAAGUAGAUUUCCAGUUUACUUUAAAAGACUUGAAGACAUUUGAAAUGACGACAGUGAACCUGGAUCAUACAAUUAGGAAGGAGAUGGCUCAGAUCAGAGGGACAUCCAGGCUGAGAGAUUCUGGUUGGAUGAGGAACCUAGCUCCACUGCCAAUCACAACUCUCAUCAAUAUGGAUACAGAGGAUGUAUGUACAGAGUUGGCGAGAAUGAAAUUCCCCAGUAAGUAUGUCGAUGUUGUGAGAAAAAAUGACCUCAGUGGUUCGGCACUGGUCUUUGGUGAUGCAGAUGACCUUAAAGUCCUCCUGGGAAUGACCUUCGGUGAAUGGGCAACUUUCAGACUGCACUUCCUGAGUUCCCUGUCACAUCUCCGACCACAAUACAAGAGCGAGUCACCUCAUUCCCAGAACCAGCUGUCCAGAUCUCCCCUACAUGUUGCUCAUCAUCAAAAAAUGACUUAAAAUUGAAUGCAAAAUGUGUCCUUGUUUGACUUGAGUUAGACUAGGAGAUCUUUAUUGACAAGAACGGGAAUAUAUAUUUACCAAAGUAAUAAAAUAUUAUUUUAAGUCACUAUUAGCUUCUCUGGUUGUUAAACACUGUAGUCAAACAUUAAUCACUAUACUAUAUGUGUCUUAAAAUUAGCUAUAAACCAGUUUAUUGGGAAUAAGAUUGCUGCAGAACACUUCUCCUGUGUAACAUUUGUGCCUUUUAUAUCAGUAUGAGCAUCACUGACCAUUUUCCUCUGACCUGUUUCUCAUAAAGAAAGUAGUCAGGGCAACCACUCCAGCAUCUGCACUGCUGUAGUUAAUGUUGAUGACGCCUGCUCAUGAUUUAGAUACACAACCUUUGUGCCCAACGUCUCAGUCUGUUAAUGCCAGUGAGUCACUGUCACUGCUAAACUGUUACUCAAAUGUCCUCCUGCUCCCUCGUCCACUCCAACACACACCUCUUGACUGCAGUCCCCUUGAGGCAUUUCAAUUGAUCGCUCACUGUGUUCUCAUCUGGGGGGUGAUGAGACAUUGAGCCUUGAUACCAAAUUGAAUUGCAUUCUAUCUGGCCUCAAACUAAUUGUAAUGAGUUGCGUGACUGGACUGGGCAGUUUUGGUUUAUCAAACUCCCCCCAAGACAACAAUUUCUCCUACAAAUAUUCAGUUAUUAUUUUUAGGUUGGGACAUGAUGAAAUAAAACUGUAUAGCUGAUGAAAACCCACCAAUAAGCUUCAUACUUGCAUGAAGAAAAAAAAUCAAGUACAGUUAUACUCUAUUGUAUAGUCCACCUAACUGGUUUACAGUUUCAAUUUGAAUUAAUGUUUGAGUUAAUGUUCAUAAACUAGAGAGUUUAAGUGUGAAGUAAUUGCUUUCACUUUGUUUAGCAACAGGAGCUUGUGAUAAAUUGCUUGUUAGCAAAAACACUGCUUAAAAAAUGGUGAUUUUCCUGUGAAUGUGUGAAGUAACUAGCAUGUCCAUGUUUGUUAACCUAAGGGGUACAAGCCCAACAAUGAUAGCUAUCGUGUUACCUACAUGUCCAAUCAUGUAUGAACCAACCUAAGUUAUCUAAGCUACCUAAGUGAUUGAACAUUUGUCUUUUUACUGCAGAUAUUUGGACACGUCACAGCAAGAAAAGCACAUUUUACUGCUUCAGUUUUAUUGUCCUGGCAUUGUGCAUGCUGACUCACUUUAAUACUCAAUGAAGCCAUUGUUAAUGUCACUGAUAAUAUCUGUGCUGUGAAAAAUGUAUUAGCAGACAACAAUGUUUUUUUUCUUGUGUCUGUGAAGGAAAUGUGGCAAAUAGAUAUGGAUCAAGAAGAUAAAAUGCUGUGAAACGUCUUACCUGAAGAAAACCUACAGACCAACUAUUGUUUUCCCAAUGGUUUCAGAAUCAUUUUCAGUAAUAUUAUACGCAAAUAUAUAAUUUUUGUAGAAAAAAAUAAGCUAGUUUCAGUCUUUUACUCUGCCUUUACUACUCCAUCUAACAUCAAGUAUGACUAGCGUAUGAAGAUAUAAAUUGAGGGGUUUUCUAUCAAUGAUUUAGGCUGUAAGGGUUAAGCUGGAACGGUUUAACAGGAGCCUCCUUCAUGCAUGAAAUUGCAACUCGAUUGCAGGUUUUACACAUUCAAUGUUGUUCUUGUUGUUUUGGCUGUUUUAUACUUAUAAUGCAAGUUCAUUCUGGGAUCUGUGAAUGUUUAUGAGGUGUGUGAUGUAACUAUGCUAUACAUACAUAAUGCAUGCUACAAUGUUACGUACGUAAGCUCUUCAAUAAAGUCCAAGUCUGAGAAUAUUAACUGAACUUUUAGAAUGUGGAAAGCCUUCAAUGUAGACGGUGGGAUUUCAUUUAUGUCAGAGCCUGAACAAGCGUUAACAAGGUAUAUUUGGAAUUUAGAUAGAAAUUCACCAUGAUGCGUUUAGGAAUACUUUAUUGAUCAUUUAGCAGAAAAUCAAAUACAGUAUAUGUGCUACAGUAAACUGUAAUUCUCUGUUUCUGGCAAAUCAGAUGUAAAUUCUGGCAAAUAAAAUGUAUAUGCAAGUGUUCUAAUAAUAAAAAAUGCUUACCCAAGCAAAGAUCAUUUUUUGUUGUGUGGCACGUACAAACAACCCAAGCAAUGUGCUGACUCAUUGAUACUUUAACAUCAAAGUAUUCUCACAUUAAAUAAUCAGCUGAAGGUUCAUUUCAUCUGGAUUCCUUUGAACUGUUUCCCUCAGAAAGUUGCAAACGUUAAUUUAGCUAAAAAUAUCAAACAAACAAACCCCAGGCAUUUACAGUACAAGCAUUAACAUUACACUGCCAUACAUACUGAAAACACAGUUCAUACUGGAGGCCUUAACAUCAGUGGGUUAGGGUAAAAGAUACACUCGGAUUUGUAGUCUUUCUAAUCAUAAUAGCGCCCUCUGAUCUCAUAUUCUCUCCCAGCUUGCUGUUGACGUUUCAAAACAUUGGGACUAAAGGGCAAAUUGGAAAAAAUCAACAGUCUAUUAGUAAUUCAGAGACAACCGGUUCUAAACAUUACAUACAAACUUCUAACAUUUCACAUAGAUUUAACAUCACCAGUUGAUGAGUAUUAGAGUAAACACAUCUCAUUAAGAGGUUAGCCUUGCUCCCAGUAAUAGCUCAUUUUAAGUUUUUCUUUAAACAUGUUAUUUAUUUUUUUCCUGUUAGCAGGAGACAUCAUUGCAAUAUCCUAUAAAACACAGUGGUUGUUUUUUAAUUACUCGUGCUGAGGUAUAAAUGCUUUCACUAGAUACUUUGUCUAAUUAAGAUAGAUUUACUAAGGCAUAACUGUAUUAUAACGUAUGUUACAUUUUAACCAUUAUCUGCGUUUUAAGACACAUAAUUCAUAUAUUCAAGGCACACAUGUAAUUUAAAAUAAUGCAGAACAAUCUUUUCCAAAGUUUUAGACAUAGCAGUAGGUAAUUAUGCUUGUGGUAAAGUCGUCAUAAACUGGUACACCACAUGUCUUGUUUAGGGGAGAAUAACAAAUUUGGACAAUUUAGGAAUGUAAAAAAAAAAACAACAAAAAAACAUUUGCAUAUAUAAAAAUAAAAACA